GUCUACGAUGGAGCCCCUGACACAGCAGACGGGACUCAUGGCCGCUCUGCUCCAUGAAAGCGCUCUUUUCGCAUAUGGUUCUCGUGUAACUGUGGGAGGAGUUUUCAUGGCGUGAGAGCCCCUCAAAGACAACCUUAGAGAGCAAGAAUGAAAAUAAGAUGUGCCCACUACAUUCAUAGAGUGAGACACAGGUGCUUCCUGCUUUCUCUAUCGGUGCUGUUGGUCUGUCUACUCAAGCUGGUCUACAUUAAAGUGACAGUGAGGGACGGCGUCUACAUUGAGCCGUUUGGAAUUACUGUCACCUUAUCCAAAUUCCAGAACCACAGGUAUGAUGUCAACUGCACUGCUAUCUAUGAGCUGGACCCUGUGGAGAUUGGCAAAGCUCAUGUGCUAAAACGGAAAGUCAUUGUUAAUAUGGAUGACGACAGCAUCAUAAGUUUGACCUCAGACUGUCAGACAUUUAUAAAAACAAGGGGUUACGAUGCCAUUCCAGUGUUGGAUGAAGAACGGAGUUUCCCAUUGGCUUACACCCUUGUGGUGCAUAAGAAUGCACCUAUGGUGGAACGCAUUCUCCAUGCCAUCUAUGCACCUCAUAACAUCUACUGCAUUCACUAUGAUCAGAAGUCAUCUCCAGCAUUCAUAAAGGCCAUUAUAAACCUGGCUCAGUGUAUUCCACAUGUGUUCAUUGCAUCAAAAUUAGAGUCUGUGGAAUAUGCCCACAUCUCCAGGCUUAAUGCUGACCUCAACUGUCUCUCUGACUUACUGAGGUCAGAGGUCAAGUGGAACUACGUCAUCAACCUGUGUGGUCAGGACUUUCCUCUCAAGUCAAACUAUGAACUGGUUGUAGAGCUGAAGCAGCUGAAUGGCAGUAACAUGCUGGAGUCCAGCCGUCCCAGUGAACUCAAGAAACAGCGCUUCAGCUUCCAGCAUGAGCUGAAAAGCGUGCCGUAUGAGUACCAUCGAAUUCCAGUCAAAACCACAGUGGCCAAAGAUGUUCCUCCUCACAGUAUCGAGAUGUUUAUCGGGAGUGCAUAUUUUGUUCUGUCAUGGGAUUUUGUGAAUCACAUUAGCAGCAGCCAGGUGGCAAAGGACUUUCUGUCAUGGUCUGCUGACACAUACUCACCAGAUGAGCACUUCUGGGCCACUCUUGUCAGAGUGCCUGGGGUACCAGGACACAUUCCCAGGUCAGAAGCAGACAUUACAGAUCUGAGAAGUAAGACCAGACUUGUCAAAUGGAAUUAUUUAGAAGGAAUCCUUUACCCAGCCUGCACUGGUACACACAUGCGCAGUGUUUGCAUCUAUGGAGCUGCUGAACUUCGCUGGCUCCUUAACUACGGUCACUGGUUUGCUAACAAAUUUGACCCCAAAGUGGACCCAAUCCUGAUUAAGUGCUUGGAGGAAAAGCUGAUACAAAAACGUCAAUAUGUGCAAAAAUAG